CUGUCGUCUUUAGGCCAUUUUCUAACACUAACAAGUAUUUAGAUGAAAGUCAUCACAAUAUCGUAGACAAUUGUGCUCAUUCAGUCAAAUAAAAAGCUUAGGAAGUUGAUUUUAAAUUUGUAGGAAGUUUACUUUUAUUUCGAGAGCCAAAUAUCGCCGGGACUACCAUCAUGGGGACUCAAGAAGACGUGAACACUGUCUGCACCAAGCUCGUUACCUUUUAUUUAAUGGACAACGAGGAGAAGUCGGCCCAGGUGUUCGCCGAAUGGGUGCUGGAGAGCAUGGAUUUAUUUUGGCAGGGCAAGAUUUCUGACGCCCUGAUGACUUACCUCACUAUUGACAAGUUAACCGAGGAGCCGCGUCAGGCCGUCAAGUCUCUGAGAGUACUGCACGAGGUGACCACGCACUGCACUAACGCGGACCUGAAGCGCCUGGUGCUGAAUACUGGACUUUUAGGAAUUUUAAACGACAUUCUGGACGCUCCCAAAGUACGUGGUUUGAUUGUGCGCUCCACCCUGACCCUGAUCAGCAACAUUGUGGUGGGUGGGUGGCGUUUACGCGAUGCCAUCGAGGAUUCUGGACUGCUAAGCGCCAUGGUCAAGCUAAUGUACCACCAAUACAACGAUAUUUCCAGGCACAAGACCAUGAUGAGCCAGUUGGUGUGGCUGCUGUAUCAGUUUCUCAUGUGCAAGAUGCCAGGACCCAGCGAGAAGGCCGUUGCAAGGAUUGCCAGGACCGUGGCAAAUCAUCUGAAUCCCAACCAGGAUGUAACCAUACUUAUUCCACUUCUCAAGCUGGCCCGGCUUAUUUCGGAGUACCAAUCGGUCAUGCUCUCGUCCAUGAUCCAGUCAAAGCUCCUCGCCAGGUCGGCCCCAUUUGUUCGCAGUCCCGUUGUCGAAGUCAAGCGUGAGGCCAUCUUCAUUUUGGCCAACACCUGCCAGCAGCACAAAAAGCGGCAGAAGCAUGCUCUCUACCGGUUCCCCAAGAGCAUCAUUCUCUACAUCCACGGCCUGUUCCUUUACGGUCCCGUCGAAAUACGUGUUCUAGUGCACCAGUUGUUGGGUGGGAUCAUUGACAAUCGAUGCAUUCGGACCGGCAUGAUGCUCGGACUUAUUCCGAAGGUCAUUUUCUGCGCCAGCAUGCAGGAACAGGAGGAGCAAGUGCGCAGCGCAGCCAGCUGGACUUUGGUCAGUUUCGCUAUGCACCUGGAGCCUCGCAAUUGGCCAUUACUUAUGGAGACCAAAGGAUAUCAUGUCAUGUGUGAAAUCCUUCACCGCCAAAAUGUGCCGGUUCAAUUGACUCGUAAUAUUCUAUGCGUAUUCCUGAGGAUAAUGGAAAACUAUCGCGUCCUCAAGCCAUUUCUGGUUAGUUUGUUAUAUCAAUGCAAUGUCUGGGAUCUGUUGGUGGACUAUGCUGAGGGUGUAAACAGCGCCGUUCGCACUCUAGCCACACUUCUGUGCUAUCAUCGCAAUAGAGACGUUUGUUGGAUAGAUGUUUUAGCCUAGAAAUGCUUUAGUUUCAAUUAAAUGAUUAGUUUAUAAAAAUAA